UUACAGAUAUUCCGAAAUUCCGAGCUCACACGUACACGGUACGCAUUUGUGUGCGGCACAAAGGAAGCCAUCCCUGCAGUCCUGCUAGCGAAGUCAGUUACUUAGCGUCACUAGUUCGUGCAUUUUCACGUGAGACACAUCAAUGUGCUUUUAUAUUUGAAAGAUUAAAUGAAGGAUCUGUGGACGCAAUAUCAACAAUAAGAAGAAGCGGGACAUAAGCGACCGUCUAAGACAUGCCUUCACUUUUAGUAUAAUAAGAACAUUCGAACGUCUUAAGCAGAAGUCAAGAUCAGAGGGAGCUUUGUGUCUAGUAAAUUACACCUAAGAGAAAAGAACCAUCACUUUCCAAAUAUCACGUUGCAGCACAUCAUUGGCAGCUCUGAACGCGAAAGAAAUAAUAUUGGAACAAUCAACGGUCUCAGAAUAGAAAUAAUAUUAGAAUAGAGUCAGCGGUGUUACCAUAGACAACAUCAUGCCUUACACGGCUAUAACGGUUAUGGCAGCGGGUUGCGUGGCCGCGGGAGUGGUAACUUUAAUAACGUUGCCAAAAAUAUUUAAACGACUAAAGAAAUUUCAAUCACCAUCAUUAAAAAUGAUUGAACUGGCAAAAGAAGAAUGGGUUAAAAUUGGUACUGUUAAGGAAUUAUUCGUAUAUCCGAUUAUGUGUGGCAAGGAAAUUGAAAUUAGAGAGUGCGAAUUUCAAGAAAAUGGACUUAAAACAAUAAUAGAUAUGAAUGAAGGUUCACUUCGUGACAAAAUGUUCGUAAUAUACGAUGAGGAAACCCACUGUGUUCAAACUUGCAGAAAUUUCACGGCAAUGCUUAGAUUGCGAGUGACAGCCAUCGAUAAAUACUUAAUACGCUUUAAAGAAGAUAAUGAUUAUUUUACUGUGGACUUGCGGUCUAGUAAUCUGAAAAGCCACAAUGUUGUAGAGUGUAAAGUGUGGAACAAUCCGAGCGAAACAUUAUACUAUCUAGAGUGCAUUGAUUGCGGUUCCGAAGCCGCUUCAUGGAUAUCCGGUGCUUUAACGGGUAAGAGUACUGGUCUACGUUUGGGAUAUUACAAGAAUAAAACGUUGAAAAUAUUGACUCUUUGGGAUAGCUUCGGUGGAUUACGCGAAAUAAAAGAUAGUCUAAAGAGGCCUAUUGAAAGUGAAUUGGAGGAAAAUAAACAAUUACCGGUUUACACGAUGGUAGCGCAACAAUCAUUAGAAGAAGUAAAUAAAUCAUUGUUAAACCAAAGGACGUCUCCCGAACUCGGCGCUAAUUUUGUCAUCUUGACUCAGAAACCUUUCUCAGAGUGCCAAUAUGAUUAUUUAAAAAUCGGCGAAAAUGUAAUGGUGGCUAAUAUAAAACCAUGGAAAAGGCCUCGGAUUAAUCCGAUGAUGAUCCCGAACGACUUGAAAAUUAAGUUGCUGUCAGUUCAUUGCAAAGUGAUCAACCCAGGAAAAGUGAAGGUUAAUGAUGACGUGUAUAUACGUGCUUCUUUAGACGAGUGAAAAACGAAGAGAAUAUUUUAUAUUUUAUUUAUAUGUUGUUUGAUGGAAUUGAUUAUCGGCUAAAGGAAACGAUCGAGUGAAAUCGAAUUUCCUCUAAGGUUUCAUAAUUUUAUGUUUGAGUGGAGUAUUAGGUACCUAAUGAUACUAGAUUUACCGGACGAUAAACUAUUAGACAUGU